AUGUUUCUAACCAUCGAAGAACGUAUUGAAGUGAUUCUACUCUCUGGAAAUGGUCGAACUCAUCGUGAAAUUGCCGAUGAAUUCAGUCGUUUACACCCCGAUCGAAAGCCCAUUUCCCAUACUACCGUUGGCAAUUUGCUGGCAAAAUUCAGAGAAACUGGAGCCGUCUACGAUCGUGGACGGCCAGUUUUAAUGCCCAACAAAAAUUUCAACGGCUGUGGGAGUCCUAUCAUCGAUAGGGCCUUGGAUCCGUCUGGCGAUAAAGCGGAAGCGUCAACGAGUUCCGCGUAUGGCUCUACUCAGGGACGAAAAAGGUACCGAUAUGCUGUUGUCGCAAUCAAAGACCAGUCCAGUGACGAUCUUUACGAUCUUCUGAUUGACAAUGGAUUUAGUGAUUUUCUCCUACUCGAUAACUUGAGUGAUCAUCCUGAUUUUGAGGAGGCGCCAGGCAAGAAAGAACCAAAGCCAGUUAUAAGCCUGGAAUGUGACUCGGAUAUCUCACGAGCCCCUUCUUCGAGUGAAGCUACACCCGAUAUCCCAUACUUCGCAGAACUCUCUGCUGCAGACUUGUUGGGAGGAGGCAGUGGCGACGUUGGCGGUGAUGACGGAAAACAUGUUGAUCGAAAACCUUCACCUUUGUUUGAAAAUCAUCCGAGUUCAUUUAUGAAUGCUGGACAGCUCAACAACCGGUCAGAAAAUCACGAGAGCAGCGGAGAGGGUACGGAUUCGGAGACAGCCGAUGGAGAUGCAGCUAGAGGGAGAAAUGACUACCAAACUCCUUAUGUGGUUUGUCAACUCUGCAAGAAAGUGAUUAUGGCGUCGAGGUUUUCCAAUCUUACGAAUCAUGCUCGCCGGCAUUCGGUUAUCAAAAAGUUCAAAUGUGUUUACUGCGACCUUCAACACAAUGAGCAUGCAAAGAUACGCACCCAUAUGCUUAACAUACAUGCCGACGGUUUAUCGGAGGCCAUAGACAAUAGUUGGCGAAUGAAAAAAGUGUGGGAGUUCUUGGUUCAGAAGUGCUUCCCACACUACACGCCCAACAGCGGUGAGAGUCAGCCUGUAGUUGCGGAAAGCGACUUGGUAUUGCCACCAACUACGGGAAGUGUCGCAUUCGUCUGUGGGAUUUGUGGGUUCCAUGGAGUUGAUCAGUGGAGGGUUCGUUUGCAUAUAACCACAAAUCAUGUGGGUGUGGAAGCCGGUAGCAAUGUCAGAACUAUACGUUCGGAACUGAAUUCUCAAGCUAAUCUUGAUCAAAUUGAAGCAAGUGAAGGCAGCUCCAAAGUCGCUGUGAUUCCUAGUAAGGAGGAAAGGCCUACGGAAGCACCGACUGGCUCCAAAGAGGACACUUCAUUCGAGGUUUAUGUUUCAAAGAACGAGGAUGUCGAGGAUGGAUUGCGGUCAUUGAUUUGUCGGAUAUUCUGCAAAUAA